AUGGCGGGAAUCCUUUCCCAGCCAGACGAUGCGGGUGUGUGGCACCCAGUAGCUUUCUGGUCGCGGAAGUUCUCUGGGGCAGAGAUCCUCUAUGGGACACCGGAUCAGGAGCUAUUCGCUAUCGUAUAUUCGUUUAAACACUGGCGACACUACCUUGAAGGCAGUGCCCAUCCAAUUGAGGUCUUUUCAGACCAUGCAAAUCUGCAAACUUUUAUGAAGCAGCCAAAGCUUAGCGGCAGGCAAGCUAGAUGGUGUCUUUCUCUUACACCUUUCAAUUUUGUGAUAAAACACCGCGCUGGAACAAAGAAUCCCGCGGAUGGACCCUCUCGGCGAUGGCUACCGAGUGACUAUGAGGUUGACCUACUUUCGCCGCUACGCCAGCGAUUGGCAGGCGAAUGGCCGGCGACUGAUCACCGCUGUGCAGGGGUCCAGUCGUACACUGUGAGAGAUCUCACCUCCGAUAUUCUAUACUUCACGAAAUAUGAAGAUAGAGAAGAAUCAACGGAAAUGGUUGAUUGGGAAGAGCUUGGCCGAAGUUGCCGCCUCCCUGAAGCACAGGUGCAGCCUGCUUGUGCCUCCGAGACAGCCUACUCAUGUGACUUGAGUAAAGGGCUUAAGGAGCUUAUUGGGCAACUCCAGGACGGAGACCCAGAGACCCAGCGCCGAAAGACUGCCGUAACGCAGGCGAACCACGGGUUCAAGGGCUGGUCAGUAGGGUGCGAUGCCCUACUAAGAUUCAAAGAACGAAUCUAUAUUCCUGCGGGAAGCAACCUUAGAACAAGAUUGUUAAGCAUUCAUCAUGAUGAUCCCCUUGCUGGCCACUUUGGUCGCUCUCGUACCCUUGAACUGAUAAAAAGGAAAUAUCACUGGCCGAAUCUAGACCGAGACGUUGCCGAAUACGUGCAGGAUUGCCAGGUGUGCCAAGAGGCACUACGAGAACUUAACGAUAUACUUAAGAAGCUUUAA